CGAUCAGCAAUGCUGAGCUUCCCAAGUGCGACCUCGGGCGGCAGCAGGCGACGGCGUCGGGCCCCGCCACCGAGCAGAGGAGACGCCUGGCGUCGCCGCAUCCCGUCCGCCUUCGCCCCAAUGUCGCUGGAUCUCAACCACCAGCAGCAGCUGGUUGCAGCGCAGGCCCCGUCGGACCCGAGCGCGAUUGACACACAGCCGGGAGAAGCCCCGACGUUGUCAACUGAAGCUCCGGCGCCGCGCAAGCGAACGAGAGUUUCCACGGCAUUCCGCCUCAUGAAGUUCCCAGACUCGGACGAAGACUCGGAGAGCGACUACGUGCCGUCAGAGGAGGAGCAGGGAGAAGAACGAGAGAGUGAGGGGGAAGAGGAGGAGGCAGACGACGCCAGUGCCGAGGAGCUGUUCGUGAGCUACCAGGGCUCGAGCGAGAGCGAGGAAGUGGAGCUGGAGGAGGAGGUGGACCUGGACGAGGACUUGCGCUGGUGGAAGAGCAGCGAGGACAAGCGCAGGUGGGAGAAGAAGUACAGACAGGCAGAUUCCGCCUUCCGCAAGAGGUUCGGCUGUGCCAUUGACACGCCCGCCCAGCCCGAGACAAGGAGGAGGCUUCGACGAGAGAAGAACAGACAUCGAGCGUACAAGUUCGUGCUGGCUAGCUUGGUGGUUGCGUACUUGGUGCAGCUCGCGGUCGUGUACUCGGCGUCGUCGUGGGCGUUUUCGAUGGUCGCGUGGCGAUCGUCGGCCGCCGAGGAAAGUGACGACGCUCAAAUGGACACAAAGCACGAUGGAAACGUUAUUGAGGAGACGCCACCUCCGGCAGCGCUACCGUCAGAGCAGCAGGUGCCAGAGCAUGUGCGGACUGGGCUUCACCUCUGCGCGACGCUCUCUCGACGCGUGAUCAAGUCUGAGCAUGAUGUGACAGCCACACAGCACGCGCUGCGCGCCUGCGAUAUCGCGGUGAAGUUUGCGCCCCUCAAGUCACGAGAGGGCAUCGAGGCGCAUGUGCUGCGUGGUGACCUGCGCAGCUUACUUUCGCGUUUUGACGGCGCUGACGAAGACUAUAAAGACGCCCUGACGUUGGUGUUGGAGGUUGAAAGCAGCAGCAUCGACUCGAAGCUCGCACCAGCGCUAUCUCAAGAGCUGGACCUCAAGCUCGUAGCCAACCGGUGGACGCAAUUGUAUAAGUCAAAGAGCUUUAAGGAGCUGCGGCGAGAGGCGAAAGCUCGAGCAGCAAACGACAACGACGCGAGCGCAAUAUGGGAACUGGCGGCCGACUGGCUGAGGGCGUUCAAACAAAAGAAACCUGUGCUGGAAGUGCUCACACUCCAGCGCAGUUGGACACUGCGUCGCCUCAAGUACGAAGUCUUGGACGACGAGAGCAAGACAAACCUCGCCGAGGUCUAG